GGCGGCGCCGGCGGCAGCGGCAGCAGCAGCAGGAGAAGAUGGUGGCGCUGGAGCCCCUUGGAGCAAAAUGAGAGCACAGUGAGCAGGCCCAGCCUCUCUCCCAGCCAUCCACGACGCCCACCAUGAACCACUUGGAGGGCUCCGCGGAGGUGGAGGUGACCGACGAGGCGGCAGGUGGGGAGGUCAACGAGUCAGUGGAGGCCGACCUGGAGCACCCCGAAGUGGAGGAGGAGCAGCAGCCGCCGCCGCAGCAGCAGCACUAUGCGGGCCGCCACGCGCGCGGGCGUGUGGUCGAGGACCUCCGCGCGCAGCUUGGGCAGCAGGAGGAGGAGGAGCGCGGUGAGUGCCUGGCGCGCUCCGCCAGCACUGAGAGUGGCUUCCACAAUCACACCGACACUGCCGAGGGCGACGUGAUCGCCGCGGCCCGCGACGGCUACGAUGCGGAGCGCGCGCAGGACCCUGAGGACGAAAGUGCUUACGCGGUGCAGUACCGGCCGGAGGCCGAGGAGUACACGGAGCAGGCGGAGGCCGAGCACGCCGAGGCCACGCACCGCCGCGCGCUGCCCAACCACCUGCACUUUCACUCGCUGGAGCACGAGGAGGCCAUGAACGCGGCCUACUCAGGCUACGUCUACACGCACCGGCUCUUCCACCGCGGCGAGGACGAGCCCUACGCGGAGCCCUACGCCGACUAUGGCGGCCUGCAGGAGCACGUGUACGAGGAGAUCGGGGACGCGCCCGAGCUGGACGCGCGCGACGGCCUGAGGCUCUACGAGCAGGAACGCGACGAAGCGGCCGCCUACCGUCAGGAGGCCCUGGGCGCGCGGCUGCAUCAUUACGAUGAGCGCUCCGACGGCGAGUCCGACAGCCCUGAGAAGGAGGCAGAGUUUGCGCCCUACCCGCGCAUGGACAGUUACGAGCAGGAGGAGGACAUCGAUCAGAUUGUGGCCGAAGUCAAGCAGAGCAUGAGCUCUCAGAGCCUCGACAAGGCGUCAGAGGACAUGCCGGAGGCCGAGCAGGACCUGGAGCGCGCCCCUACUCCCGGUGGGGGCCGUCCCGAGAGCCCUGGUCUGCAGACACCUGCUGGGCAGCAGCGGGCAGCGAGCACCGCCGGUGGCGAGGCAGGGCAGCGGUACAGCAAGGAGAAGAGGGAUGCCAUCUCUUUGGCCAUCAAAGACAUCAAGGAGGCCAUCGAGGAGGUGAAAACCAGGACCAUCCGUUCGCCUUACACCCCUGACGAGCCCAAAGAGCCCAUCUGGGUGAUGCGCCAGGACAUUAGCCCCACCAGGGACUGUGAAGACCAGAGGCCGGUGGAUGGAGAUUCUCCAUCUCCUGGCAGUUCCUCACCCCUGGGUGCAGAAUCGUCGAGCACACCCCUUCAUCCCAGUGACCCCGCGGAAGCCUCCACAAAUAAAGAGUCAAGAAAAAGCUUGGCUUCAUUCCCAACCUACGUUGAAGUUCCUGGACCUUGCGACCCUGAAGACUUGAUCGAUGGAAUCAUUUUUGCUGCCAAUUACCUUGGCUCCACCCAGCUGCUCUCAGACAAAACCCCCUCCAAAAAUGUGCGCAUGAUGCAGGCCCAGGAAGCAGUUAGCAGGAUCAAGAUGGCCCAGAAAUUAGCCAAAAGCAGGAAGAAGGCUCCUGAAGGCGAAUCUCAGCCAAUGACCGAGGUGGACCUCUUCAUUUCUACCCAGAGAAUUAAAGUACUGAACGCUGACACACAGGAGACAAUGAUGGACCACCCUCUGAGGACCAUUUCCUACAUCGCAGACAUUGGAAACAUCGUUGUGCUAAUGGCCCGCCGGAGGAUGCCCCGCUCCAACUCCCAAGAGAAUGUCGAGGCCUCCCACCCAUCACAGGAUGGGAAAAGACAGUACAAGAUGAUCUGCCAUGUCUUUGAGUCUGAAGAUGCCCAGCUGAUCGCACAGUCCAUAGGGCAGGCAUUCAGUGUGGCAUACCAGGAAUUCCUCAGGGCCAACGGGAUUAACCCCGAAGACCUCAGCCAGAAGGAGUACAGUGAUCUGCUCAACACCCAGGACAUGUACAACGACGACCUGAUCCACUUCUCCAAGUCAGAAAACUGCAAAGAUGUUUUCAUAGAGAAGCAGAAAGGAGAAAUCCUAGGAGUUGUGAUUGUGGAGUCUGGCUGGGGAUCCAUCCUACCAACCGUGAUCAUAGCCAACAUGAUGCAUGGAGGCCCCGCAGAGAAGUCGGGGAAGCUGAACAUUGGGGACCAGAUUAUGUCCAUUAAUGGCACCAGCCUGGUGGGCCUGCCUCUGUCCACCUGCCAGAGCAUUAUCAAGGGCUUAAAGAAUCAGUCCCGAGUCAAGCUGAAUAUCGUGAGGUGCCCUCCAGUGACCACGGUAUUAAUCAGAAGACCAGACCUUCGCUACCAGCUGGGUUUCAGCGUCCAGAACGGAAUUAUCUGCAGCCUCAUGCGAGGGGGAAUAGCUGAGAGGGGAGGCGUCCGCGUGGGACAUCGGAUCAUUGAAAUCAACGGACAGAGCGUUGUGGCCACCCCGCACGAGAAGAUAGUCCACAUCCUCUCCAAUGCUGUUGGGGAGAUCCACAUGAAGACGAUGCCAGCGGCCAUGUACAGACUGCUGACGGCCCAGGAGCAGCCCGUUUACAUCUGAGCGUGCCUGGCUCGCCCUCGCGGAGGCUUGCAUGGAGGACUCUCCUCAUCGUGGUUGUGUUUCUGUGCUGCAUCCGUGUGUCCGCUGAGACAUUUUCCUCUCACGCCCAGCAUUUGGUCUUACACAGGAAGAGAAGAAUCCGCAAGGACCUCUUUGCUCUCUCUCUCUCCAGUUUGCUUCC